UUCCUUUCGUGCAACUCAGGAGCUACUCAACACAAUUCUGCUGAGGCAUUUCAUAAUGAAGAGCCAGCUCCCUCUGUCUAGCGACGAGGACGAGGACUAUGGCCGCCUUUCAGCUGCCUCCGGCGCCGCCUACUGCUGGUGGAGGUCCACUGCGGCCUUCGACGAGUACUGCAUGAACGAAAACAAGCAGCUCCCCUCCAUCACCGGCCUCACGAGGCAGGUCCGGCUCCUGAGGGAGUUGGAGAGGCUGGCCCUGGUAGUGGCAGGGGACGGCCUUGACGAGCUGAGGCAGAAGCUGUUCGCGUAUCGUGUGGGGGACUUCUGGAUCCCUGCAGGCGGGAUCCCACGGGAGGAGAUGGACAUCCCAGCGGCGAACACGGUGCUCCUCACGGGCUUCACCGGGUCGGGCAAGAGCUCCCUCGUCAACCUAAUGUACAGCGUCCUGGGCCGCGCCGGGCUCAUUCCAUUUGCCCAGACUUCUUCAGGGAAAUCAUCAGAAAACACGACGAUGUUCCUGCAAGAGCACAAUGUUCUGAGGUCGGUAAGGAGCGGUUUUUGCGUGUACGACUCGAGGGGAUUCAAUUAUGACAAUGUCAGCGAGGGACUGGAUGAGCUUUCCGGCUGGAUGAGCGAGGGGGUCCACCAUAACCAGCCGUGCGUGCGACCAGGGGAUCAAGGGCCGGCGGAAGAGGAUUCGGAGUCUUUCAUGUCGACAUCUUCUUCGAAGUACGUAGUGAGGCGAGUGAACUGUGUGCUGGUGAUCGUCAAUAUUGCAGAAGUUUACCAGGCAAUGAAGGGUGGUGAUCUCAAGCCACUGAUGGCAACUAAAGAGCUCUUCUGCUUUCCUCCUCUGAGAGUAUGCGGCGAGUACCCGAUCCUAAUCACGACACAUGGUGACAUGUUACUGCCCAAGGAGAGGCUCGAAGCCCGGUUGAAGAUCACAGAGAUCCUCGGGAUCUCAGAGGCCACAGGGAUGUAUGACAUUGUGUGCCUAACGGAGUACGGGUUCUUGGCUGAGGAAUCAGACCCAGUGACGGCAUUUGCUCUGGCCGAAACUGUCUACCGGGCACUCCUGAUCUCGGACCGGACGCAUGUCCCUAGGAGGAGCCCCCGGGAUUGGGCACUUAUGGUGAUUUCAUGGCUCCUCUGCUUCUUCGGAGCCAUCUUCUCGUUGCUGGCCGAGUUUUGCUCCAAACUCGGGAGGAGAAGAUGCUUUAGGAUAUGAACUAAUGAUAAGCAAUCCCUAAGUGAUGUUAUAUUCUCAUAGUGGACUAUAGGAACUGACAUCGAUUCGGUAUAUAUAUUAUAAGGUCGCCCCGCGCAAUAUGCGAAAGGGUUCGCAAUAUUAACAGUAAUCUAUAUAUGGAGUACUGCACAUGUAUGAGUAAAUCGAUGUAAAUGAAAAUAUUGAGCAUAGUAAUUUAACUACUAGCGAAAGGUUCAUUGA